UCUCCACUCUUCUUUAGCAUGCUACCAUGGGGAAAGUGACCACUGCUGUCAGCGGGGGAGGUCGGGGUGGUUUGGUGGCGAGGGAGAGGCUCUAACUUCUACGUGACCAUGGUACCUGUUGAAAACACAGAGGGCCCCAAUCUGCUGAGCCAGAAAGGGAGAGAGGCGGAGACGGAUGGCAGCUCCGGAGCCCGCGGCGCCCGGCAUCCUGCCUGCGCGGGAGGUUGCAGCAUGUUUACUUUCCUGACGUCUGUCACUGCUGCUGUAAGUGGACUCCUGGUGGGUUAUGAACUCGGGAUCAUCUCUGGGGCUCUUCUUCAGAUCAGAACCCUAUUAAGCCUGACAUGUCAUGAGCAGGAAAUGGUCGUGAGUUCCCUCCUCAUCGGGGCCUUUCUUGCCUCUCUCGUCGGUGGGGUCCUGAUAGACAGGUACGGAAGAAGAAAUGCAAUCAUCUUGUCUUCCUGUCUCCUGGGACUUGGAAGUGUGGUAUUGAUACUCAGUUUAUCCUACGCCAUUCUUAUUGUGGGGCGCAUUGCUAUAGGGGUUUCCAUUUCUCUCUCUUCCAUCGCCACUUGUGUGUAUAUUGCCGAGAUUGCUCCACCACACAGAAGAGGCCUUCUUGUGUCACUGAAUGAGCUGAUGAUCGUCACUGGCAUCCUUUUUGCCUACAUUUCAAAUUAUGCAUUUGCCAAUGUUUCCCAUGGCUGGAAGUAUAUGUUUAGUCUUGUUAUUCCCUUGGGAAUUUUGCAAGCAAUUGCAAUGUACUUUCUUCCUCCAAGUCCUCGGUUUCUGGUGAUGAAAGGAAAAGAGGAAGCUGCAAGCAAGGUUCUUGGAAAGUUAAGAGAGACCUCAGACACCACUGAGGAAUUGACUGUGAUAAAAUCUUCCCUGAAAGAUGAAUAUCAGUAUAGUUUUUGGGAUCUGUUUCGUUCCAAGGACAACAUGAGGACUCGAAUCAUGAUAGGUGUAACAUUGGUAUUUUUUGUACAAGUCACUGGCCAGCCAAACAUACUAUUCUAUGCAUCAACUGUCUUGAAGUCUGUUGGAUUCCAAAGCAAUGAGGCAGCUAGCCUGGCCUCUACUGGGGUUGGGGUAGUCAAGGUUGUUAGCACCGUCCCAGCCACACUUCUCGUAGACCACAUUGGUAGCAAAACCUUCCUGUGCAUUGGCUCCUCUGUAAUGGCAGCCUCGUUACUGACCAUGGGCAUUGUCAACCUCAACCUCCACAUGAACGUCACCAAUAUCUGCAGAAGCCAUAGUCCUGUCAACCAGUCCUUGGACGAGUUCAUGUUUUCUAAAGCAGGAGACCUGUCAACUGGCAACGGCACUCUCAGAGAGCACUUUAAUGAAAUCACUUCCACCAUCAGGGACUCACAUGAAUCCAUGGGAAGUGACGUGGAUAGGAGAGCAAUGAUGGCCUCCAUAUCUUUACCAAAUGUUGGACUAAGCCCAACUGAACACCAGAUAGACACAGACUCUACAGCCAUCCCACCUGUUUUGAAAUGGCUGUCGUUGGCCAGCUUGCUUGUUUAUGUUGCUGCUUUUUCAGUUGGUUUAGGACCAAUGCCCUGGCUGCUACUCAGCGAGAUCUUUCCCGGGGGGAUCAGAGGACGAGCCAUGGCUGUGACUUCCAGCAUGAACUGGGGCGUCAAUCUGCUCAUCUCGCUGACAUUUCUGACAGUUACUGAUCUUAUUGGCUUGCCAUGGGUGUGCUUUACAUAUACAAUCAUGAGUCUUGCAUGCCUAGUUUUUGUGGUUGUAUUUAUACCUGAGACAAAGGGGUGCUCUUUGGAACAAAUAUCAAAGGAGCUAGCAAAACCGAACUAUGUGAAAAACAUUUGUUUUAUGAGUCAUCACCAAGAAGAAUUAGUGCCAACACAGCUUCAAAAAGGAAAGCCCCAGGAGCAGCAGCUCCUGGAAUGCACAAAGCUGUGUAGAAAGGAACAACUGAGGCAGCUUUCCUCAGAAACCUAAUGUCCUCAAGUCCUAAUGAAUGUGGAUUACAGUA